GUUGCGGAACGUGUGCCCACCCACUCUUUCGCGCCGCGUCUCACUUCAAUCUAGGAACCCUCUCACGACUGUUACGUGCGGCUUUAAGCGUACAUCUCGCCCGGAGAUUCGCCGUCGUCAAGCCCAGCACCGUCGUCAAGUCGGUCAGGAGAGAGAGAAAGGAGAAAAAUCCGUCCUACGUCUCCUAUCAGUAGUGUUUCGUCAUUUGUAUUCAGGGAACCAGCCAAACGGAUUCCAGCGGAGGGGGCGGUGGUUGCAUCCAACGCGUGCAUCGACCGCGCGCACUUGUCAGCCCGCGACUCGACGUCGAAGGAUGUUGAUGCACAACGCUAGUGGUAUCGUGGCCGGGCCGUUGACUUUCGCCAGCAGAGUCGGAGAUGUACAGCCGCUGCAAGAACGUUUUCUAGGAUGGAACUUCCCCGCCGAGCACGCGGAUCUUGUGCAUCCGCAUUGGCGUGCAUUCCUCGCACCCGGAAGACUAUGGCACGUCGCUCUCGCGCUCAUUUACCUCUUGCUUCUGAUGCUAUCUCUCCUCGGGAACGGCAUCGUUAUUUGGAUUUUUAGCACAUCAAAAUCACUAAGGACACCAUCAAACAUAUUUAUCUUGAAUUUGGCCGUAUUCGACUUACUGAUGGCAACAGAGAUGCCUAUGCUCAUCAUAAACAGCUUCCUGGAACGAACGAUUGGUUGGGAGACUGGAUGUGAUGUGUAUGCUUUGCUCGGCGCGAUUUCCGGAAUGGGACAGGCGAUCACCAACGCAGCAAUCGCUUUCGAUCGAUACAGAACAAUUAGUUGUCCAAUUGAUGGUAGAUUGAAUGGAAAGCAAGCAAUGGUGUUAGCUCUGUUUACAUGGUUUUGGGCAUUACCAUUUUCGAUAUUGCCUAUGACGGGACUAUGGGGUCGAUAUGUAGCAGAGGGUUUUCUUACCACAUGUAGCUUUGAUUAUCUCACGGACGACGAGGACACGAAGGCAUUCGUAAUAAUGAUAUUUUUCUGGGCGUAUGUCCUUCCUAUGUUACUCAUUAUAUAUUUUUAUUCACAAUUGUUGAAAUCUAUUCUCUCUCACCAAAAAAUGCUUCGCGAUCAAGCGAAAAAGAUGAACGUUAAAUCGCUCGUGUCGAAUCAAGAUAAAGACAGGAACGUCGAAAUGAGAAUCGCGAAAGCCGCAUUUACGAUUUUCUUCCUCUUCGUGCUCGCAUGGACACCGUAUGCGGCCGUCGCUUUAAUCGGAGCUUAUGGAAAUCGCGAAACGCUUACUCCGCUAUCAACGAUGUUGCCAGCUAUAUUCGCCAAAAUAGUGUCGUGUAUCGAUCCAUGGAUAUAUGCAAUUAAUCAUCCUAGGUAUCGACAAGAACUGGAAAAACGCUGCAAAUGGAUGGGAAUUCGAGAACCAGUAGUUGAAGACACUGUAUCGGCGCAGACGGAGAAAGUGACUGAGGAAGAAUCGUAAUUUCUUUGAUGAUCAACGCCAUCGAUGACAGUUGUCGAGAGGAUAUCGAUCGAUCAUAUUGCUUUUUUAUCAGAAAUGCAACUUUGACCGGUCGCCUAGAUAUAUUUUUCUUUUUUAAAUAUCUUAUUAAAAAUAUAAUCGGAUAAAACUCCAUUCUCCAUUCUAAAGAGACUUGUAAUAAGAAAAGAUUUAUUUAGUUAAUGUAUGUAAAGCUAUUAGUAUAAAUAUCCAGAGCAAAUAUAAAA